AACAGAAUGAAAAAUCUAAAAAAAAUAUAUCAUAUACAUUACCAUGCAAACUUCCACCAAAAAUUAGUUUGAACGAGAUCUAGUAAGUAUUUUUUUUUAAUACGUCAUAAAAUUAAAAAAAAAAUUUUUUUCUUCAAACCCAUACGUGUGGGGUAUCUACGGAUAGGUCUUCAAAAAUGAUAUUUAGGUUUCUAAUAUCAUUUUUUUCUAAACUGAAUAGUUUGCGCGAGAGACACUUCCAAAGUGAAAAAAAGUGUGUCCCCCCCCUGUAACUUCUAAAAUAACAGAAUGAAAAAAAAAACAUGAUAUACGUUACCAUGCAAACUUCCACCGAAAAUUGGUUUAAACCAGAUCUAGUAAGUAGUUUUUUUAAUACGUCAUAAAUGGUACGGAACCCUUCAUGGGCGAGUCCGACUCGCACUUGGCCGCUUUUUAUUUAUUUGAGUAAUAACAUUAAAGAGGCUUAACGCUAGGCAUGUACAAACUAUUUUGCAUCAAUUAAGAACCUGCCGAACUGUUUUGUGAAACCAUACAUGAAUAAAUAUACCUAGGAUUUUUUUUCUUACAUUGUAUUUAUUGUGCAAUAGUGUAAAAGCAACGUUGUAUUUAUGGAGUAUAAUAUUGUAUCGCUUGCUGUUAAUGCCUUUCUAGAAAUAAAACGAGUUGAUAUAAGAUUCAUAUACUUAAUAAUCUAUGACUUGACGAACUCUUCUGCAUUGGGGCUCGUAGUUUUUGUUACGGGGAAAGAUAUAGAAUAGUUGUCAACCCCAAAAUAAACCCAUAGGGGUGAAAAGGGGGAGGAAAAGGCUGUUAGGGGGAAAAAGGGGUUGAAGUUUGCAUGGGGAAUCAGUAAAAAAAAAGCAGACUGUAUAAAAGGUGCCCCCAGAUAGGCAGAUACGUAUUUCAGGAUUUUUAAUAGUAAAUCACCCCCAACCCUUUAAAUUAGGGGGUUGAAUAUUGUCAUACUCAACUUACAACUUUCGUUUUGGCAACAUUUUACAUGAAAAUGUUUUUGAUGGGAUUUCACUUCUUUUUGUAAAUUGCUUAUGACAAUCUUCCAUCCCCUAAUUUAAAGGGUUGGGUGUGAAUUAUUGAAAAUAUGAUGUUUGUGUAAAUGUGUACUAACUUGUAAAACAGCCCUUGAGAGCUACUUGCAGAUUUUUUUUUUUAAUUUUGAAUUUACACAUUGUACCUACACAUUUUCGUAUGAAUAUCCAAACUUUCAAACAGGGCUCCUUAGGCCGGAAGCCACUUACAGCAACAACUCUGUGACGAGAUGUUAUUAAAAUAAGUUAGGUACUAUUAUACAUUUCUCUUACUCCGUGGGACCGUCAUUGUAGCCCGCACGGCCCUCGCUGACAGCAGUCUCAUUGAUAUGUUACUCUUAAAUAUAAUUCUCAGUAUCUCAAUGCUUACCAUUUCUAACGGAAAGGAAACAAAAAAAAAAAUUAUAAACAUGGAAGAUGCGUCGAAUGAAGAUAGUAAUUCGUAUUUAAAUGAGAAACUAAAAACAAUACGACCAGUUAAGGGCGAAGCGGUAGUUGAAAAAUUUGUGGAAACCCUAAUGUCCAGUGAAAGAUAUUUGAAGUUGGUAGAGACCGUCGAGCGAAAGUUGAACCAUCUCGAUAAUAGUUUUCACGAAAAGACAUCCAGUGUCAUGAAAUAUUUAACGGAAAUCCUGAGGAUGUUACAACCCUUACCUGACAUGGAAGAGUUGCUGAAAUCUGUUCGGAUGAGCCUAGAGUCUGUGUCUGAGACCCUGAAUCACAUACCGAUGGGGCGCACCGCGGACUCGGGGCUGGAGGAGCGGCUAUCGCAGCUGGAAGGCUCGGUGCGCUCGGCAGCGGCCGGCAUCGACACCAUCAUGGCCACCAUCGCGGAGGUCAAGAACCGGCCCUACGCCUCGAAGGAACAUAAAUCGGACUCGAUGGAUGCUUCAAGCCUCAUCUCUGAAUUCCGACGGACUUUACAGGAGCAUAAAUCAAAAAAAUGUGAUUGCAAGUCGGUUCGUGUCGACCGCUCGGAGCGGUAUCCGCUAGACUGCUACGAGAUCCAGAUGCAGGGCUUUAACGUCUCCGGCAUCUUUAAGAUACAUCCCGACGGUAUGGAGCCCUUCUACGUGCUGUGCGACCUCUCCACCGCGGGCGGUGGCUGGACGGUAUUCCAAAACCGUUUCGACGGUUCUCAAGAUUUCUAUAAAAGUUGGACUGACUACAAGUACGGGUUCGGUAACCUCGCGGGAGAGUUCUGGCUCGGGCUGGACAAGCUGCACUACCUCACCAACCAGAAGCUGUACGAGCUGCGCGUCGAGCUGGAGACCCAGAACGGCCACGAAGCCUAUGCCGCCUACUCCGUGCUGACAAUCGGCCCGGAGUACGAGGGGUACAGAAUGAGCACCCUCGGGACAUAUUAUGGGACGGCUGGUGAUUCUCUAUCGUACCACGCCGGGCAGAAGUUUUCCGCUAUGGACAUGGACCACGACGAGUGGAAGGAUGGGUCGUGUGCGGUCGAGCACGGCGGCGCCUGGUGGUACAAGGAAUGCGACAAAAGUAAUCUAAAUGGAGUAUACGUGAAUUCCGACGAGCGGCGCGCGCACACCAUCUACUGGAUCUCGUUCAAGGGCCCCAGCCUGCCGCUCACGCGCACCAAGAUGAUGAUCCGGCCGCUGCCCGCGCGCCGGCCCGUCGACUACCCCGACCAGAUCCGGCAUAUGACGGAGAUGCGCAGCGAGGUGCAGGGGCACGUGAAGCCGAGCCACGGCAAGGGCGUGAAGAGCAAAGCGCGCCGACCCGACUACCGCCUCGGCCAGCCCGCCGCCAGCGACGCCUUCUACGCCGGCUACGCGUAGCUCUCACACUAAACGCUCAUUGACACGGUGCGAGAACUCGCUUGCGACUUUCAUUACAUUGCGGUAUUUGAUCGGUCGGCCGAAUUGGUUGUAACCUCAGUAGUCCGUAAUGUAACUAUAAUCGUAUGCGGGAUCGCGUGCCGUCUAAAUCAUCCCUAACUGGACUAUUUUUUAUCGUAGGUGCAGUUCUGACUUCAAAUUAUAACUUUAAACUUUACCGAUUAUAUACUUGAUUUAAACUAGAUUCAUGGAAGCUGGCACGUGUUUUACAAUCUGUUUAAUAAGGAAGUUUUUGGGCCACAAUAUACAUUAAAAUGUACCUACAGUUAGUAACACAACAAAAAAAAUCUUGAUUAUAGAAAUUGUAUAAGAAAAAUUAAGAACUAGAACAGAUACAUUUUUCUAGCUCUAUUAAAUGAAUAUGUGUCAGAAUUUGUGAAAUGUCUUACAACUAUGUAUUUGCAAGUGAUAAAUAAAAGAGUUUUUUAUCAGUC